ACGAGAAAAAUAAAGAGUGUAUAAUGCAUUAAACUUUUAUUUAGAAGUGCACAAUGUUUUCUUUUCUGUAAAGUUUACAAUGUAACAAAAAUGCAAGCCAAAAAGAGAUACAUUAUUUUAGCAUUAUCAUGUUUUUUUCUGAUAUACUGUUUUUUAAACACUUAUCGCCUGAACAAAGGAACAGCGGUGAAAACUCGCCGGGACUAUUUACCAACGUUCGCAAGUCUCGAGGAAUUAUCCGCAGCUCCGUCACGUCAAAAGAGAAAUCCUCAAAAUACAGUGAAAGAAUGCCGUAUGGCGACUUGCUUCGAUUUUUCCAAGUGUGGUAGUGAGCCUAAAGUCUACGUGUAUCCAACUGACGGGCCAGUGAGUGCAACGUAUCGGAAAGUGCUCUCGGUCGUUCGGGAUUCCAGAUACGCCACCAGCGAUCCCAACGAAGCGUGCUUGUUUAUACCAGCUGUUGACACCCUGGAUGCAGACCCAUUAUCACCAGAGCAUGUGUCAGAUGUUGCAUCGAAACUGUCAAGAUUACCAUACUGGAAAAAUGGACGAAAUCACUUAAUAUUUAAUUUAUAUUCGGGCACUUGGCCAGAUUACGCGGAAGGAGCUCUAGGUUUCGAUCCGGCUGAAGCCAUCUUGGCUCGGGCGAGUGCAUCUGAAAUAAUAUUUAGAGAUGGGUUUGAUGUAUCAUUGCCAUUGUUUCACAAGGAACACCCAGAGAAAGGCGGCACCCCUCCCAGUGCAACUGGGAAUCCUAUACCCGCUCCUCGCAAACAUUUGCUGGCAUUCAAAGGAAAACGAUAUGUCCACGGUAUAGGAAGUGAAACAAGAAACUCCUUGUGGCAUUUGCAUGACAGCAAUAAUCUUAUUUUAGUAACCACAUGCAGACAUGGUAAAUCCUGGAAAGAUUUAAGAGAUGAGAGGUGUGAUGAAGAUAAUAAAGAAUAUGAUAAAUAUGACUAUGAGCAACUCCUGGCAAAUUCAACAUUCUGUUUGGUAGCAAGAGGUAGACGUUUGGGGUCUUAUCGCUUUCUUGAAGCUCUUGCUGCUGGGUGUGUUCCUGUAUUACUCAGCAACGGUUGGAGGCUGCCAUUUGACGAGCGCAUUGAUUGGCGAAGAGCUGUUAUUUGGGCUGAUGAGCGUCUUUUGCUACAGGUGCCAGAGCUUGUACGCUCUGUCCCCCCUGAACGCAUCCUUGCUCUUAGACAGCAGACACAAGUUUUGUGGGAACAAUAUUUUUCUUCUAUAGAAAAAAUCGUAUUUACAACAAUAGAGAUUAUUUUCGAAAGAAUAAUGGCACAUCGAACUUCAAGACAGCGUGAGAUGUUGAUUUGGAACAGUUCUCCAGGAGCUUUAGGUACUUUGGCCGCUUACGGGGACUCCCGGGCGCACUUUCCGCUGUCAGUGGCGGUGCCCCCCGCGCCGCCAGCGCCCCUCGCCCCCGCCCUCAAGCCCCUGCCGGCGCCCUCUGAGCCCGCAGUCGCGCCCCCACCGACGCCCGGGUCCACGUUUACAGCUCUGUUGUAUGUUCAAGCUACAUCACCAGCUCUACACAAGCUUCUAGGAAAUAUAGCUAGCAGUGAAUACUGUGAAAAAGUGGUGUUAGUUUGGGAUAGCGAGAGGUCAGCACCCUCCCUAAAGUAUUUGGCAAGAAUGGCGGGAGAUCCUCGUGAACCUCUACCGGUCGUCGUCAUCGACGCUACUACACACUACCCUGGGGAAGGCGUGUCCGCGCGCUGGCAGCCGCUGUGGGCGAUCCCUACCGCUGCAGUGUUUUCUCUCGACGGCGACGCCCCGCUGCUGGCUGAGGAGCUAGACUUCGCUUUCCUGGUUUGGCAACAGUUUCCCGACCGCAUCGUCGGAUAUCCUGCACGAAAUCACUUCUGGGACGAAUCAAAGGGCGCGUGGGGCUACAGCUCGCGGUGGGGCGGGUCGUACUCGCUGGUGCUGCCGGGCGCGGCGCUGGUGCACCGCGCGCUGCUGGCGCUGUACGGGGCGGCGGCGCCGGCACUGCGGGCGGCGGUGCGGCGCGCGCGCAACUGCGAGGACAUCCUGCUCAACUGCGUCGCCGCUCACGUCGCGCGCCGCCCGCCGCUCAAGCUGGCCGCCCGUCGACGGUACAAGCACGCCCAACCCAGAUCAUCGUGGAGCGACCCGGAGCACUUCGUCCAGCGGCAGUCGUGCCUCAACACGUUCGCGGCGGCGUUCGGCUACAUGCCGCUAGUGCGCUCCGUGCUGCGCCUCGACCCCGUGCUCUUCAAGGACCCCGUCUCCACCAGGAGGAAGAAGUACAUCAAGAUGGAGCUGGUGACGUCAUAGUUACUGUACCGUGUAUUCUGUUUCAAUGCAUCCAGAUGAAAUAGAUCACCCCCAAGCCUCUACACAAUGCCCCCAUUUUUUUCUGGGUCCCACACCGCCCCCCGUUAGACCUCCAGCGCCCACGCCCACAGCGCGGCGUUAUCGCCCACUUUGGGAAAGACUGCUCUAGAGUCUAGAGUUUUUUUUUAUAAGUUUUAUUCUCUAUAUUAUAUGUGAAAGAUGUCAUUCAUAUGAUAGAAUUGGCGAUGACUGCAUGUAUCUUGUACAGUGUACUCUUUAUUUAUCUCUUAGUCGAUUGAAUAAGAAGUAUUAGUAGUAAAUGCUAUUAAAUAACGCCACAGUAAAUAUUAAAAUAUUGUGCUUAUUAAAAUAACAACACAAUGAAUACAAUUUGGCCGACUUCAUAAUGAUUCCGACUGAAGAGCAAUGCUAGUAUAAUAUAUCACAUUAUGUAUUUAAUCACAAAGACUGUAGUAUUUAUUGUU